CUUCUUUGGGACUUUUCUGUUGUUUUUCUAGGACAAAACAUUGGAUUUUAUGACAGAAUUCCCACAAGAGUGAUGCUAUUAGUAAGGAUGUCGUAUCUAAUGAGAGUUAAAUGUUACAGCCCUGUGAGUGAAAUGCCCCAAGUAACAGGAGCGCUGCUGAGAGCGCGCAGACUAAGGCACGUCUUGGGCAGCAAGUUUUCAGCGUCGCGCGCGCUGGCUCAGCUCAGUGCUGAAAAUGCAGCUUCUCACGACUACGUCAUCGUUGGAGCUGGCUCGGCAGGCUGCGUGUUGGCCAGCAGGCUCACUGAGGACCCUCUCAGUACCGUGCUGCUUCUGGAAGCAGGCCCUAAAGACACCCUUCUGGGGAGUAAAAGGCUGAUGUGGAAGAUUCACAUGCCUGCUGCGUUGACAUACAACCUCUGUGACGAGAGCUAUAACUGGUAUUACCACACAGUGCCACAAAAGCGCAUGGACAACCGAGUUAUGUACUGGCCCCGCGGCAGAGUGUGGGGCGGCUCCUCAUCCCUCAACGCUAUGGUCUACAUCCGCGGGCACGCGGAAGAUUAUAAUCGAUGGAGCAGGGAAGGGGCCGUGGGAUGGGACUAUGAGCAUUGCUUGCCUUAUUUUAAGAAGGCACAGACACAUGAACUGGGACCGGAUCAGUACAGAGGAGGAAACGGACCCCUGCAUGUGUCAAGGGGGAAAACAAACCAUCCUCUUCACCGUGCGUUCCUGGAGGCAGCCCAGCAAGCUGGGUAUCCGUUCACAGAUGACAUGAAUGGUUAUCAGCAAGAAGGAUUUGGCUGGAUGGAUAUGACUAUACACAAAGGUCAAAGAUGGAGCACAGCCAGCGCUUACCUUCGGCCAGCCAUAUCACGCCCAAAUUUGUCAGUCACAGAGAAGACGAUAGUAACAAAAAUCUUGUUUCAAGGAACGAAAGCCAUUGGUGUUGAGUAUAUGGAAAAUGGGCAAAGGAAAAAGGCAUUUGCCAGUAAAGAAGUUAUUUUAAGUGGUGGUGCCAUAAAUUCUCCACAGCUGCUUAUGUUAUCUGGAAUUGGCAAUGCAGAUGAUCUAAAAAAACUGGGGAUCCCUGUUAUUUGCCACCUUCCUGGAGUAGGCCAGAACCUCCAAGAUCACUUAGAAGUGUACGUCCAGCAGAGGUGCACCAAGCCUAUCACUCUGUAUAAUGCACAAAAGCCAAUUAACAUGGUGAAAAUUGGUUUAGAAUGGCUUUGGAAGUUUACAGGUGAGGGAGCAACUGCCCAUCUGGAAUCUGGUGGUUUUAUCCGAAGCCAAGCGGGGGUUCCUCACCCUGACAUUCAGUUCCACUUUCUCCCCUCUCAGGUGAUUGAUCAUGGCCGGGCUGCUUCCACCAUGGAAGCUUUCCAGGUACACGUGGGGCCCAUGAGGAGCAGCAGCAUAGGCUGGCUGAAGCUGAAGACUACAAACCCAAACGACCAUCCUAUCAUUGAACCUAACUACAUGUCAACCGAAAGAGAUAUUUGGGAAUUCCGCCAAUGUGUCAAGUUGACCAGAGAGAUCUUUGCUCAAAAAGCGUUUGAAAAAUUUUGUGGGCCUGAAAUUCAACCAGGAGACCAUGUUCAGUCUGACAAAGAAAUAGAUGCUUUCAUAAGGCAGAAGGCUGAUAGUGCUUAUCACCCUUCCUGCACCUGUAAAAUGGGCCAGCUUGCAGACAGCAGCGCUGUAGUGGAUCCACAAACAAAAGUAAUUGGAGUUGAAAACUUGAGAGUAGUAGAUGCCUCCAUAAUGCCUAGUGUUGUCAGUGGGAAUUUGAACGCCCCAACUAUCAUGAUAGCAGAGAAGGCUGCGGAUAUGAUUAAGGGGCUCCCCCCACUUCAUGAGAGAAAUGUCCCUGUGUACAGGCCCAAGACCCUGGAAACGCAGCGAUGAACAACGUUCUCAUUCUCGCACAGCCUUUGCUACUUUGCCUUUUAGCAGCAUGUUGGGAUCUC